AUGAUUUCGCUCCUCAGUGUAGCCCUUGUGGCGGCGUCCUUCUUGCGCCCAGCGCUAGCCAAGCAUCAGUCCCUCCAUGGCCUCAAGGGCCUGGCCGACCGUCUCUUGGACGGGCACGGCGAUGCGUUCGAGUUCGAGUUAACGGAGCAGCACGAAAAUUGGUCGCGCUGGAAUCACCCUACCAACGACAAUUACACAGUAUCAGCCGGGCACGAUGGCAAGAUUCACGUCCAGGGCACAACCCUGAGCGCCUUGGCGAGAGGACUGCGACAUUACGCCACGGAGACACUUCACUUGGACGAGUACUGGUUUGUCGACAACAAAAGGAAGCUCUCUACACCGCUCCCACGCCCCAAGGCUGCCCUGACUGGGGCCAGUAUUGUGCCCUGGAGGUACAACUUUAACACGGUCACGUUCUCUUAUACCUUUGCCUGGUACAAAUGGGAAGAUUGGGAGAAACUGCUCGAUUGGGCCGCGUGGCGAGGCGUCAAUUUGCAGCUCGCCUGGGUUGGCUACGAAAAGAUCUUCCUCGACAGCUUUCGUGACCUGGGCAUGAAGGACGAAGAGAUUUUGCCAUUCUUCAGCGGGCCUGCUUUCCAAGCGUGGAACCGUUUCGGCAACACUAAGGGUUCCUGGGGCGGCGUUGGAGACCUCCCGGUUGCCUGGAUCGAGUCGCAGUUCGACAUGCAAAAGAAGAUCGUCGCCAGAAUGGUCGAGCUCGGCAUGGUCCCCAUCCUCCCGGCGUUUCCGGGAUUCGUGCCCGAUGCCAUCAAGCGGGUACGUCCCAACGCCAACGUCACCAAAGCGCCGAACUGGUCUGGAGUGGGAAGGUGGAGCGAGGACCUCUUCUUGAGCCCGCUUGACGACACCUACGCCGAGUUGCAGCAUCUGUUUGUAACGAAGCAGAUGGAGGCGUUCGGCAACGUCACAAAUAUCUACACACUUGAUCAGUUCAACGAAAUGGUACCCUCGUCUGGGGAAUCGGAGUACCUGACUAGUGUGGCUGAGCAAACGUACAAGGGCCUGACCGCGGCCAACCCGGCAGCUAUCUGGCUCAUGCAGGGCUGGCUGUUCUACUCGGCAGCAUCUUUCUGGACCCAGGAGCGUAUUGACGCGUACCUCGGGGGUGUUAAAAACGACAUGAGCAUGAUCAUUCUGGAUCUCUAUUCAGAGAACAACCCCCAGUGGCAAAGGACGAAGAGCUACGCCGGCAAGCCCUGGGUAUGGUGCCAGCUGCAUGACUUUGGUGGCAACAUGAACCUGUUUGGCCAAAUCACGAAUAUCACUGUUGAUCCUAUUGAGGCCUUGGGUGCUUCAGAUUCACUUGUUGGAUUGGGCCUCACCCCAGAGGCGUUCGAAGGCAACGAGGUCGUGUACGACCUGCUUCUGGACCAGGCCUGGUCGCCGGAACCUAUUGACACAAAGGCUUACUUUCACGAUUGGGUAUCUUCGCGAUACGGUGGCAUCCUGUCUAUCCCAGAGAGUCUGUAUCAAGCUUGGGAGAUAAUGCGGGAGCAUGUGUACGAUUCCAAAGAUCCCUCGAUUCCCAGCGCGGGUGCGGGUGUAUACCAGCUUGCACCGAACUUGACCGGUCUCGUCAACCGCACUGGGCACUUCCCGGCACCGACCGCCCUGCAAUACGAUCCUCAAAUACUGAGGCAAGCGCUCGGCUUGAUGCUUAAAGCCGCGACACAAAGACAGUCUCUUUGGCAAGAGCCUGCUUUCCAGCUUGACCUCGUUGACGUUACUAGACAGGUCAUGAGCAACGUCUUCACCGACGUCUAUCAGGAUCUCGUCAAGAUGUACAACAGCACCAUGCAAUCACUGCAGAAGUCUCACUCUGGCCGGCCGUCCGAUCCGUCUCGCGCCGUAGCCGCCAAGGGGCAGAAGCUGCUCCUGUUCCUCGAGGCACUCGACGCGGUGCUCGCUAGCAACGAACACUUCACCCUCGAAAAGUGGCUCGGCGAUGCUCAGCACUGGGCAAAGAUAAGCGGCAACGACGAGCUCUUGGCGUUCAACGCUCGCAGCCAGGUGACGGUCUGGCUCUGGGAGUCGUACGGUCUCAACGACUACUCCGCGCGCGCAUGGAGUGGGGUCACCCGAAACUACUAUAAGACGCGAUGGGCCAUCUUCGUUGACGGCUUGAAGAACGCGACCAAGAGCGGUUCUCUGGAUGAGGGUGCCUUGCACGAUAAAAUACGAGCGUUUGAGAAGGACUGGUCGUACAGCGGCUUUGCCUUGAGCAAGCCCAGGUUUGCCAAAAGCAAUCUGCGGGACACAAUCAGCAAAAUUAAGGGAGAGCUGCCGGAAGUCUUUGCUGUCUAG